AAGUCGGAGAAAGCAAAAAAAAAAAGGAAAAAAAAACAUGCAAGCGGCGAAGCAAAAGAUAAGCGAUAUGGCCAGUACGGCCAAGGAGAAGAUCGCAAUUUGUCAAGCCAAAACCGAUGAAAAGGCGGAGAAAGCGGUGGCUAGGAGCAAGGAGGAGAAGCAGAUAGCGAAGGAGAGGAAGAAGGCGAGAGAGGCGGAGGCGAAGAUGGAGAAGCACAUAGCCAUGGCGGCUCACGCCGAGGAGAAGCUGCGAUCCAAACAGACCCACGCCCACCACCUUGGCCGUGGUCUUCACGCGCCGCCGACGGCCGGGACCACCGUGCCUCUGCCGUAUCCCCCGGUGGCCCAUCAUCAUCACGGAAACGAUGUGCUCUAGCUAUUUCCCUAUCAUGUGUUUGAUUAAUUUGACGGUCUGUUUUUUUUAAGGGUUUUUAAGUUUGUUUUCGCGUGUGACUUUUGUCGGAUAAUGGAGAUUAGGGUUUAUUUUAUAAGCACUCUUUAGAAAAGA